UCUCAAAAGAAAGCUUAGAAAAUAGGCAACUCCUAAUACAAAACAAGUUACUUGAGAUUUCUAAUAAGUUUGAUCAUGAAAAGGAAAAGUAUUUAUCUAUCAUUUAUGACAUUGAUCUGGAGGUGCAGAAAGCUGAAAUUGAUAAAAAUCAUCAUGUAAUAAUGCCUAAUAAAAUUACAAAUGUUUCUGAUACCAUUGAAACCGAAAAAAUCUACCUUUCUCAAUUAAACAAUCAACAUAUUAUUUCUGAUAGUGUUUACAAGAUUUUAUCUACAGCUGUGAUAUCAAGUAUAUCCAUUACAAAUACUAAUUCAAUAUCUAAGCUAGAUCAUAUUAACAACAAUAUAGUAAAUCAGCCAUAUAUAAGUUUAGAUAUUAUGAAACCAGACUUACAAAUAACUCAAAAUCUCUCAGCCAAUAUCAAUAUCCCUUAUUUAAAUAAUUAUAACAACUCAAAGGAUCCUAUUAAUACAGAUAUUUUUACAACCCUUAAUUCAAAUCAAAAUUUUAUAAUUGAUAAUGCAACAUCUAAUGCGAUAAAUUAUAUUAAUGGUAAUAUUCCCACAUCACACAAAGAACAAACUUAUGAUUUCAAUUUUGCUUUAAUGAAUAAGGUCAAUAACAUUAAUUCACAACAUAAUGAUAUUUUUAUUAAUAUUAAUUCCAAUCAAAAUUUUAUAAUUGAUGAUAAAACAAUUAAUAAUUCCCUAAACUAUAGUAAUAAUAAUGUUACCAUGUCAUUCGAGGAAAAAAUUAAUGAUUCUAAUAAUGUGAUGGAAACUAUUUCUAACUUUAAGGCCAAACAAAGUGAUGCUUUCAAAAACUUUUCAUUUAAGCCUAAACCUUCUAUUAAUUUAGAUUCAUCCAAACAAAGUGAUGCUUUCAAAAACUUUUCAUUUAAGUCUAAACCUUCUAUUAAUUUAGAUUCAAUAGAUGAAUCAAAAUAUAGACUUGAUUCAUAUGAUAUUGAAUAUGAUUACAAAAUUAGUAUGAAUAGAUAUAAUUAUAUAACAGAAACUAUAGUCAAGCCUAUCAAUGAUAGUCAAAUUGAAGCGGUCAAAAAAUAUAGAGUGGAUAUGAAGAGAAUAAUCAAUAUGAUCAUAAAUACCCUGUCUGCUCAUAGUGCUCAUCACCUGAUAGACAAGUAUCACAAACUAAAAACCAUUUUGACGGGGAAUGAAUUAGAAUUUUUAAACAAAAAAUAUAAACCUUUAGCAUUGACUUUGUAUAUUGACAGCCUUGAAAAUUCUGGGCAAAAAUUUAAUAUAAAAAACUCUUCCAAACCAAAUGAUAAGCAUGCAGAAGCCAAAGAAAAAAUCCUGCGUUAUUUAGAAGACUGUGUAUCCACGGCUAUCAUAAAUCAAGGUAUAAAACAAGUGGAAUCCAAUCUAAAAUCGGCAUUCAUAAUUUCUCCUUUGGCAAAUGCUUUGUGCACUUACUUUCCUCAUUUUCACUUAUCCCUCUCUGCCAAUUUUUAUCUUUCACUCAUGCCACUUAUCUCAGGAAUAUUAAUUAAAAAUACCAAUCCAGUCAAUUAUGAUAUAGCCCUCCAUUUUAACGAAGAAAAAAUGAGGCAUUUGAGAGGAACUUUUCAACUCUACCUAGCUUUAUGUAUCACACCUAUACCAACUCCAUUAUCCAGUUCCAGAAGCUUUAAGGAUAAAGAUUCUCAUAAUAUUCAAUGCUUUUAUAAUAUAGGAAGAUUAUGGUAUCUUAUAGCCAAAUCCCUUAAUAGUGAUUACAAUACUUGUCAAACCGAUGUUAACUCACAAAAUUCUCUAACUCUUCAUAUUCGUUCAAGGCUUAUAAUAUUAGAUUGCAUCACUAUUUGUGGGUCGGUCUUACUUACAGCAUAUAAAAGGCAAUACAAUAAAUUAUUAAAUCUUGCUCAUCGUUUGAAACCUUUUGCUGACACCGAGACUACCCACAAUCAAACCUACAACUUUGAUAUGUCAGCCGUCAAUUAUGCGGCCAUGUUGGAUUCGAAAAUAAGUGGGCAAUCUUUACGGAACCCCAAAGAUGAAGGAUUGGUAUUAGGGGAAAAUUUUUGGGGCUAAAAGAUUUUAAACCUAUAUAAAAUUAAAAUUUGUAAAGGUUAUUUUAUUUUAAAAGAAGUUGUUUAAAUUGUAUUGUUUGUAAUUAUAAUCACGAUGAUAGAUAUA